AUGAAUCUUCCUGGUUUAAAAAAUGAGUCGCUAGGUGUCACCCCGGCCGCCACAAGCCCCAGUGAUGUGAUGAUAAUGACGAAAAAGCCUAAAAAAAUUAUUCAUUUCAGUGACGGUGCGUUCGAAGAAUAUUCAGAUGAUGAUGACGACGGCAAGAAUGCAACUGCUGGUGUAGAUCAAAAAAAUGAAAAUACUCUUAUAGACCCGGUUACUGAUGAUGAUGUUCUAGAUGGCGCUGGAGAAAAGUUGGCCUGGUUCUUUGGCAUCACAAGUCCAAAAUAUCAAUACGCCAUUGAUGAAUACAUGCGAAGGAAAAAAGAGGAGCAGGAAGAUCGUGAGUUUGAAGAGAGAGAAAGACAGGCCAAAAUGGAACGAGAGACGAGAAUAAAAAAUGACAAACAACGACAAAGUAGUAAUAGUAUUGCUACCAUAGAAACAAACAAAAGCAAUAUUUCUGUAAUAUCACCCACCAAACCAAUCUCAAAUGCCGAAAAGCUUUCCAUAUACUCAACCGGCCGGACAGCCGAUGAUUACAUUAAAACCGAGAGUGAAGCCAUUUCGGAUUUUCCAGAAGUUAUUAUUUCUUCGGAGAUUCCCAACAAAGGUUUCAAUUCCGGUUCAGCUGCUGCUGCUUCUUCUGUUGCUGUCAAUUUAGCUGAGCUCGGGUCUGAUAAUGACGCCUCAAGUGACGUCACCAAAUUUUGA